GGCCCUCACAUGGCUCUCUCACUAGAAAUGAGGAGUGUCACCCCUAUUUAUAAUAAUCUCCUCAAGCUCCUCUAGAACUCUCUAUACUUCUAGAUUCUUCCAAGAAGUGACCACAGGCUUCUCUAUUCUUCUAGAAGGAUUUAGAGAACUCAACACUGCUCCAGGAUAUUCUAGAGGCCGCUUCUGCACGAUUCUAGAGAAUUCCACACUUCUCUAGAAAGCUCCACAAUGUUCUAGAAUAUUCUACACUCUUCCACACGCUUCUAGACAAUUCCACGUUUCUCUAGAAAGCUCCAGAAUAUUCUAGAACAUUCAAUACUUCUCUACACACAUCUAGAGAAUUCUAGACAUCACCGCAAUAUUCUAGAAUUCUCGUUAACUUCUCAAUUAAGGAGGGAUCCCAACAAAUCUCCCCCUACCGACUUAAUUGAGAAGUAACAGCCUACCACCAAUGAGAGUCUCACAUUUAGACUCAACAAUCUCCACCUCACAUGUGAGUUGCUCCCCCUCAAACAAUGCUUGUAUCACACCAUAUGAGCAGCUACAAGGAAUGGUCAUGAUCUCCUCCGCAGCAAGAAAUAAUCCACUAAACUAUCUUGUACCGCCGUUAUCUACUAACGGGACACGCCGCCUGAUGGCCUCAUUAUCAGGAAAAGACUAUCGAUACAACGCAUCAAUAGUAGAUCAAAUCGAAAGACCAAACCCUGUAUGUGAUGUUCUCAAGAAGAUCUCCUCUCCGCCAACACCUGACCUGCAAUUCUUCUUGUACCACCGUUGUUUACCAACGGGACACGCCGCCUGACCACCACAAUAUCAUGAAGACUUUCGAUACAACGCACCACUAAUAGAUCAAAUCACGAGACCAGCCUGAGAACCAUCCACACAAUGCAUCUCAUCACUCUACUCCAUAUAUGUAUGACCCAAGCUCUAAAGUGAAGUCAAUCAUCCCAUCAAAGAGUGUGAUCUGGAAUGCCUCUGACAAUGCCGCUACCAACACAGUAAUUAAAACGAGAUCCAUCCCCAUGAAGAACUCUACGCGUUUCUCCACCUCCAAUAACCUGGCUCUGAUACCACUGUUGGGGAAAACACGAUCCCUGACUUCUUCCAGGAUCAUCAGCUCAAAGGUCUCUUGUACAUUCACCCACCCACUGAUAACACAAAGAAUCAAUCUAACAAUAUCACUUUGUAUUAUACAAUUGAAAUGUACAAGAGAUAUUUUAAAAGUAAACGGGUAGCUCACUUCACUCUUUGUAUAUGAGACUACUUCACUCACACACACACCUCUCUCAAGGAAGCACUCACUCACUCAAGAGCUCUCCUCAAAGCUCUCUCUCUCAUCACUUGAGGAGACUCUCUCUAGGCUCUCUCUCUAGGCCCUCACAUGGCUCUCUCACUAGAAAUGAGGAGUGUCACCCCUAUUUAUACUAAUCUCCUCAAGCUCCUCUAGAA